UCGUCCAGGCAACUGACGCCAAUCAAAUAAACAGAGCAGCAACUACAAAAAGAAAUACGAAAAAAAUUAAAUCCAAGCAGAAUUGUGUUCAAUUUGAAGUCAAAGCAAGUUCACUUUUCAGUCAAAGCAAAAAUGUUUUGGGGUCUCAGCUCUGCUCUUGAUUUAUACCAGGAGUACAUUAAAGCCUUUAAGCUCCCGGAUGAUGCCAAGGCUGAUGCUGAAGAGCAGCCGGCUGCAUUGAAUAUUCUCAUUUGUGGCGGCGCCGAUCCCAGGCAUGUCAUCAGAACAUUGGCCAAGCGUUACACCCAUGGCUGCAAGCCGAAGCUCAAUUUCUAUUUGCUUGAUGGCUGUGCUGAGAUUAUGGCCAGAAACAUGUUACUGCUCGGAUUGGCACUGGAGCCACCCGAAUCCUUUAGUCUCGUCUGCAAGGCGCAUCUCUUCAUGGACAUCUAUGGCAACUCUCUGCUGCGUCCCAGCUCGCAUCAUUACAUGGCCGCCAAGGCGCGCACACUGCUGCGCGUAAUCUGCUGCGAGGAUGUGCGUCAAAAUGUCGCACCCAUGCUGAACAUUGAUGCACUGAAGUACAAGGAACGCGAUGGCCUGGAGACAGCAUUCACCUUCUGGCAGCCUAAGGAACAGGUCUUUGAAAUACAACGCUUUUGGGAGCAGCGUGUCCGUGCUCUGCUCGGACCACGCUAUGAUCACCGCGAUGGCGCCUUUGACUGGGAUCUGAGCAUGAGCCUCAAGGAUCGCGAGGCGCAGCAGAUCUGCUCCCAAGAGUAUCGCUAUUGGCGCGAAACUGGCGUUGCUUUUGUGUUUCCCGAAUACGAGCAUUGCAAGCCCAACAAAACUCUGGCGGCAGGCUUGGUUCGCAAUGGACGCAACUAUGUGAAUCGUGGCUAUGUGGGCGACAUCCAAACAGGACCAUUCUGUGGCUUUGGAUUGCGCAGCUCCGAGGAGCGCAUGCAUAACUCGGUGCACGGAGAGAACGAUUAUCGUGCCACAGACGUAACUGAACGUAAUCUUCUGGAGCUGUUUCACGAGUUGCAAACCCAAAGCGUCUAUGAGCACGACAAAACGCUCUCCAGACGCUAUGGCUCCACAAAGCUGCUGAUGACGCCACUGCUCUCGCACAACGAGAGCGACGUCACCGAGAGUCAACAAAGCUAUAACAAGCCCUGGAUUCCGGUGCCUGAUGUGCAGAUUCACUUCGUAUCGUCCAUGGACAUCCUGGACAUGCAGAAAGGCUGCUCACGUUGGGAUGAUCACUUUGACAUUGCGUUUAUGGCCCACAAUUAUUUUAGCUUCCUGAGCAAAGAGUUCUUCCGGGCUCUGCAUGAGAAGGCGUUGUUCAUCAUGGAAACGAAGCUGUUGACUGUCGAGCGCAAAGAACAGGUCAAGAAAUUCGAGUCGAAUGUCAAGGAUAUUCUGAAGGAAGCGGGUCUGCGUCCUUGCAUCAAUUAUCAGGCCAUCAAUGCCAAGAACAUGUUCUUGAAAUACAAGAAGACUUUGGGCGGCGAUGGCGAUGCUGAAGAUAAGUUCUCCGACGAAGAUAACGAUACCAAUGAGGAAGAGGCCAAUGAAUUGGGAUUAUACAUUACGGAGAUUGAAGAAUCCCAGCCAGAAGACAUACAAAUUAAGCAGCAAAUUGAAGUUCGCGAAGGAGAUGCCGAGACUGAAUGCAACGACGCUUUAGCUUAAGAUUAAAUUAAGUUCAACAAUAUUUUAUUACU